UGACUGGCUGACGAGGCAGUCAUAAUCUUCACUUCGCUCGGAGAGAGAGAGAGAGAGAGAUAGACCUUCAAAGCACUUCCAAUAUGGAACUCUGUGGUGCUACCUCUUUCGCUUGGACUAACUCUAUCACUACCUCUAUUCACAUUACUCAGCCCUUCUCAAUUUAUGGGGCUAAGAGAUUUAGGAUUUGGUGCGUCACCAACGACGCUGGCUCUGCUCAUUCUAACGAGGGUACUGAGAUGACUGUCUCGGUAACAGGAGCUACAGGUUUUAUAGGUAGAAGACUGGUACAAAGGCUGCAUGCAGAUAAUCAUAGAGUUCGUGUUUUGACGCGAUCUAGAUCUAAAGCUCAAGUAAUUUUUCCGGGUAAGAAGUCAGGGACUUUCCAGGAAUUGUGAUUGCAGAGGAGCCAGAGUGGAAAGAUUGUAUUCAAGGUUCAAAUGCUGUUGUAAAUUUGGCUGGAAUGCCCAUAAGUACAAGAUGGUCUCCUGAGGUUAGCAUUUCAAGCUUAUUUGAUUUUUAAAUUGUGCUCUUU